AUUCCAUUGUCGAAACAAUCCAUUAAUUGUUUCGACAAAAUAAAAUAAACUUUUGGGAACAUGUUUUCCACGUUGAUCUUAAGUUAUAGAGUUUUAGUAAGAUGUACAUUGCAAAACAUUUUGGUUUGUGACUCCUUUCACUAAGAAAAUGAACGUUUUCUGAUUUACAGUGUAUUCAGCCACAUCACAUUUGAAUAUGAAGAUCUUAAUAAGGUUGUUCAGCAUAUGGUGAGGAUUCAGGGAGAGAAGAGAGGUUUAGUUUUUACUGACAGCACGUGGAACCUGAGUCAGGAUUCAGUCCUCUGGUGUUGUUUUAGAAAUGAAGGUGACAAUAAGCAGAACAAAAACACUGAAGGAGCUACCGCACCGUGUCUUCACAGCUUCCUUACUUCCUCACACAGUCCACACCCUGACCACACUGGCCAAUGACGUUUUUUACUGCGUCGACAUUUUCCAGUAGCAGAGUCAUCAGUCAAUCUUAAAGUUUCUUGUCAUAUCGUGGAGUAGUGAAUCAUCUGGUAGCAUGUGUGGCCCUUAAUGAGGUGAAGUCAUAUCCGAGGUCAACAAGAGAUCAGAGGUUGUGGGAUGGCCAGUCAGUGAACACAGCCCUGUUAUCACUGUGAGGACAUGGGGAAGUCAUUGUCUGGCCGAUGACAAGGAACGCUGACUCAACCUAAAUGAAGAAGAGUAUUGGAGCACAGAAGACCUCAAAGCGGGCUGACUGACUGACUGACUGAGUGAGUUACUCACCGACUGGAGCUGUCUGAGGCGUUUGAGGACACGUAGCCCCCGGGGGGCUGGUAGCGGACGGGCGGGGGAGCCCCACCAUGGGGGAGACGGCCGACUACCAGAGACUGCAGGACACGUCAGAGUCUGACUACCAACGCCUGCCCAGCGAUGACGAAGAGAAACUGGGAAGUAGCAUGCAGUGUGAGGAAGGUACAGAAUGGCUGCUGGAGCUGCUGAUGGAGGUGCAGUUGCAGCAGUACUUCCUGCGGAUCCGAGAUGACCUGAACGUCACACGGCUUUCACACUUUGACUACGUCAAGAACGAAGACCUGGAGAAGAUCGGCAUGGGUCGGCCUGGACAGAGACGACUGUGGGAGGCUGUGAAAAGGAGGAAAGCCAUGUGCAAGCGUAAAUCCUGGAUGAGCAAGGUGUUUAGUGGUAAGCGCCCAGAUGGAGGAGACUUCCCCCAGCAGGGCCAGCCGGCCUCCUCCUUUCGUAAGCUGUCUCCCACACCUCCACUGGGCAUGGGGGAGGGAGGCCUGGCCACACAGCCUAGUGGCGGUGCUCCUCUGGAUGGGCAGCAGCAGGCACUGACCUGCCUCAUCCCAGAGAAGGACCUGACGCUGUUUGAGAAGCUGGGGGACGGCACUUUUGGUGUAGUGAAGAGAGGAGAGUGGCUGACGUCUGCAGAGAAGGUGCUGAAGGUAGCUGUGAAGUGUCUGAAGACAGAUGUGCUCAACCAGCCCGAAGCUUUGGAGGACUUCAUCUGUGAGGUCAACGCCAUGCACUCCCUGGACCACCAGAACCUCAUUCGCCUCUACGGUGUGGUGCUCACACACCCAAUGAAGAUGGUGACCGAGCUGGCUCCUCUGGGUUCUCUGCUGGAGCGUUUGCGAUGUGUUCGUCCACAGGGCCCAGUGUUGAUCCACACGCUGUGUCAGUAUGCUGUACAGGUGGCUUGUGGCAUGGCCUAUCUGGAGCAGAGGAGGUUCAUCCACAGGGACCUGGCAGCCAGGAACAUCCUGCUGGCCUCAGCACACAGAGUGAAGAUUGGAGAUUUUGGCCUGAUGAGGGCGCUGCCCAACAACCAUGAGCACUAUGUCAUGCAGGAGCAUCGAAAGGUCCCCUUUGCAUGGUGCGCCCCAGAGAGUUUGAAGACCAGAACGUUCUCUCAUGCCACUGACACGUGGAUGUUUGGAGUCACUCUCUGGGAGAUGUUCACAUAUGGCCAGGAGCCUUGGCUGGGCCUCAAUGGGAGCCAGAUCCUGCACAAGAUUGAUAAAGAAGGUGAACGCCUCCCAAAGCCUGAAGACUGUCCGCACGAUAUCUUUCAUGUGGUGCUGCAGUGUUGGGCUCAAAAACCAGAUGACAGACCCACCUUUGUUGCCCUGCGUGAGUUCUUGCUUGAGGCGGGUGUUUUUCAGACCAUGCCCACAGACAUGUGUGCUCUGCAGGACUUUGAUGAGCCGGACAAACUCCAGAUCCAGGUCAAUGAUGUCAUCACCAUAAUAGAGGGGAGGGCAGAUAACUACUGGUGGAGAGGUCAAAACAAGCGAACCCUAAAAGUCGGACCUUUCCCCAGAAAUGUGGUGACAUCAGUCGCAGGUUUGUCAGCUCAUGACAUCAGCCGGCCGCUCAAAAACAGCUUCAUCCACACAGGACAUGGAGACAGCAACCCUCAUCGCUGCUGGGGCUUCCCUGACAGGAUUGAUGAUUUGUACCUCGGUAAUCCCAUGGAUCCUCCUGAUGUCCUUAGUGUUGACCUCAGUGGUGCUCGGCCCACACAGCUACCAGGACGAGCUAGAAAGGAGCCUCCUCCUCGCCCUCCUCAACCAGCAGUGUUAAUCAAGAGUAAGUCUGGUUUCUCUCAGCAGCUCCUCACCCAUUGUUCCUGCCCUCUCUGUUCCCUCCUAGCUCCACUCCUCAAAGAGCCUUGCUAUGAUGCAGUAAAUGAUGAUGAGGAUCUGAUUUCGGCAGGACUAAAGAGAUUAUCACUUCGGAAAACGGGUUCCGUCAAAGGCUUAAAACUCAAACCUGCUGCGUGGGUCUCUGCUUCCAGACAGGGGAUUGGUCGGACUUCAGGCUCAGGCCACAACUCCAACAGGGACGUGUCCCUCAUUGACUUUGGGGAGGAGUUCCCCCCGCCAACUCCAUCCCCUUCCCCUGUGGUUGAAAUUCAGAUUCCUUCACUUGCAAAGCUAGCUUUGGAAACGGAGAACAUCAUGGACCGGACCCCGCCUCAGAGUCCGUCUAGAUCGUUACCCCGUCCCCUUCACCCUACACCAGUAGUAGACUGGGAUGCCCGGCCAUUACCCCCACCUCCGGCCUAUGACGAUGUCGCCCAAGACGAAGACGAUAUGGAGGUGAGCUCUAUCAACAGCUCAGAGCAGCAGCAUGAAGAGGAGCAGAGUGAUAUGCAUAACCCAGAUGAGGCUCUCUUCUUGAGACUUCAGGUUGAGGGUGAUGCUCUUGUUUCCAGGGGUCCAGACAGAUCAGGUCUGGAGGACAACCUCUUUGUCCCCAGCAAGCAGAGCCAGGUUCUGUCCACUUCCUUCUCCCAGUCAGCAGAGAUCUUCCAAGAACUCCAGCAAGAGUGCAUGAAGAGGCUAAAUGUACCGACUGGAAGCGCUGCACAGUCAAGCUCGCCGUCCCAGAUCGUGUGUCCCCAGACACAAAAGACCGAGGAGCAGCAACAGCAGAGUGUCUUCUCCUCCAAUGAGGACAAACCCCAGAUCCCCCCACGUGUCCCCAUACCGCCUCGCCCCAUAAAGAGGGGCGACUACACAUCCGCUCGCUGGUCACGGGAUCUCUCCUUGUCACCGACACCAGCAGACAUCACAGAGGAUGUUUCAGGCCCAAACCAGGAACGACCACCUCAGAUCCCUCCCAGAGACCCUUUGUCCCAGCCAGGCUCCAGGACUCCCAGCCCCAUGGGCUUGGUAGUGGGCUCCCCCCAGCAGAGACUCUACACUGCCAGCCCCACCGCCAUGCAGGCUUCCCUUACCUCCUGUCCCUCUACACACACCUACGGCUCCUACCUCUCCACCUCUCCAGGUAAACUCAUGCCUACCACGCACAGCUUUGCCUCAGAUCCUAAAUAUGCUGCACCCAAAGUGAUCCAGGCGCAGGGGAAGGACUCCGCCAGCAAAGGCCCAUGUAUCCUCCCCAUCGUCCGUGAUGGAAUUAAAGUCAGUAACACCCACUAUUACCUUCUACCAGAGAGGCCCCCAUACCUCGACCGCUACGACCGCUUCUUCAGGGAGGCAGAUAGCCAGCCUGCCAGCAGUGUGGAGGAGAGACACGUACGGCAAGCAAACACUGCCAUGGUCAGACCCAUGGUGGUCAGCAGCCAGAUUCUCCAGAGACACGCCCAGGGACAGGGGCUUGUCCAGCCAGGCGAGCUGAAGGCUAAUUUCUCCUCCAACAAUAACAGCAGUCUGGGUGGGCCACGGUCAGGGAUGAAGACAUUAGUUAGUCUACCUCGCGUCUGUUCAGACGGGCUGUCAGCAGCGGUGGUGACUGCUUCCUGCAUCAGGACAGACGGCGGCGGGAACUCAGCUGACAAGGUCAAAAUGGUGCAGGAGGCAGUUCACGGUGUCACAAUAGAGGACUGCCAAGCCGCCCUCCAAAACCACAACUGGAAUGUCCAGAAAGCUGUGCAUUAUCUAAAGGUGGAGCAGUUGUUCUGUUUGGGUCUGAGGAGCAGGCCAGAGUGUCUAAAGCUGUUGGAGAUGUGUGACUGGAACCUGGAGGUGGCCAGCACUCGGAUGUUGGAUAACUAUGGAUCCACAACAAGACAGAGACGGUGACAGAAAUCUGAAGCUGCUGAGCUCUGAUUGGAACUUCAUCCUCAGUAAAAUAUCACCAGAAUAGGUGAAUCGGCUCCUGAGCCUUCCCAUAUAUGCUUCGGCUGGACCUCCAAUCAGAAGACUGUUAUUUAACUAUAAGAGAAUCAAGCACAUUUUCACUGAACUAGCACAAAAUACCAAACUUUAUUAUGGCUCUAUUCAUACCUAACAUGGAUUAAGGACAUUUGUUUGCUAGAUACGUGACUGACCACCUUUUCUAAGACAAAAAUGACACUGUACUAAGUUCAAUUUCAAUUGAUCAGCCUGAAAUGUGUCAUCCUAACAGGUUAUGCCUAGUCAUAUUUGUGGGUGCUUCCAUACUGUGACAUAUCCACCUACUCGUAUCCUCACUGCCGCAAUUGCACUGUUCUUUUGAUAAUGUCCUUAAAAUGCCAGUUUCAAAGGGAAUCUGAAGAAGGCAAAAUUAGUUGAAUAGUACAUUAUACACAGUGGCACUUCCUAAGAUCUAAUCGAAAAUACUGUAGAGUGAAUACAGAGUUGACCUCUACAAUGCAAAAUGUAUAAUGUUUACAAAAUAUUGAUAAAUUAUUUUAAUAUAUUUUUAACACAAUGCUACGAGACAAGAGAAGACUGUUAUGUUCGUUACUGGCAAGUCAUUUUAUGAAUUAUUUAAAUGAGUGUGGCUUCAGAACAAAAGGGCCGUGCAGCCAGUGGACACUUCCUACUAAAGUAUUUUCCUUAUUCCUUGCCUCUGCAAUUUGCCCAAACAUAACUUCUGCGUAUCAGCUGAAAACUCCUGCCAGCUGGGUAUUUUUUGCAUACUAUGUUGGCAGCUAAUAAAAGCAACGCAGGGAAAUGUACCCACGGCACAGAUCCUCUCCCAUAAUCAUCACAUUAAUAACCAAGUGUUAUAUUUUGGUCAGCAGCUUUGGGGGCCAUAAUUUAAAACUGGACUGAUGUGGCAGCUCUGUUUGAACCUUCUGCUGGGCAUGACAAUACAUGUUCUGAGUAUUGUCACAGUAGACCCCUCAGCAAUGAACAUGAACGUAUGUGAGGACUCCACUAAAAUUCACUUUUCUUUGGCCGACCAAAUGUCAACCAACCAAAUACUUUACAGGCAUUUCAUGGUCAACACACAUCAUCCUUCGUGUUAUAGGAAAAAAAUUAACCGUUUUUGCUAACGGGUACCCAACUACUUCCCCAUUAAGACAUUGGCUUUGCUCCAAUCAGUCCCUCCGUAUGUCCAUGAAAACGUAUGUGAAAGGUCCCGGCACAAUCUGUUUGGGCAAAAGCUCCAAAUGGCCUCUGAAAAAAAGCUAAUAUGGAACCACAACUGCUACCUGCCUGGGCAAAUUAAAAGGGCUUGUAAGAAUAAACAAACGUGUGUUAGGAAUAUAUUUCUAAAUGAUGUACAGGACUGAUUUUGGAUGUCAACUUCCAGUUCAAGCUUUCUCCUGUGUGCAAUAAGGCUGCUGUAGAACCUGGGACCUCCCAGUCUGUAAAUCCAUCAGUGCCAUCCAGUUGUGUAAAAAUAAGUGAUGAUGUAUCCGAGUCAUUGAUUGCACAGAAGAAAAAAAAAACUUUCAGAAUAAAGUGUUUGGUGACUCCGUUGUCCUCCCUGAUAGCAGGAUACAGUUGUACUUAAACCAAGUCAGUUUUGCCAAUCUUUCCCUCUAAUGUGUUGUGAUUGUUAACCAGUGUGUGCGAGGGCGGCCUCCACAGCCGGCCCAUGUGUUGUGUGUCUUUAUACCAAGCUGCUGUAGUGUAUUGAAGCACUGAAGUGAACCUUGUGGUGUUAUGAUCAACCCGAAGCAACAGUAUUCUGUUGUGUUGUUUAAACUCUGUUUGAAAACUCUGUUCAGUUCUGUUUCGUCUUUGUUUGCCAUAUCAGAUUCUUCAGAAACUGUCUAUUUUGAAUCAUUCAUAUUGUUUGUUUGUUUUCCUUCAAUCGAACUUCCCAUUUCUUCCUCAUGUGUAUGUAUUUGCUUCCCAGAAUCUGUUUUAAAUGCCCUUUUCAUUAUUUUACUCCUCCUGGGUUGUUGGAAAUGUUCGAGAAGUUCAUGCUGCCGAAUUUAUACAUGUAUUUUUUAUUAAAGAUUUCAUUAUUUUUUACCCCUUUUUUAUUAAUCUUUUUUUCUGUCACCGUAGUUAUCUUUAAAGGAACUAGUGAUGCUUGGAGGGGAUAUCAUGCUGGAUUUAAUUUGAAUUAAUAAGACAUGUUCCGAACAAUGGUCAGAUGCAUAAAGGGAACAUGUUGUGCUCAUUUCAGGUCAAUACUUUGUUCAGGAACAUGUUUGUAUUUUUCUCAUACUGUGUCUGACUAUACCUGUAUUCCCCCUCUCACCCCUUCCUCUGAAAAGCUUGUCUCUUUAACCUUCAACAAACAUAUUUAACAUUCAAGGACUACCGACUGGGGACCCCAAGAAUAAAUACUGUAAGAAACAACAA